AUGUUCUUCAAAUCCCUCCGCUCGCGCUCCAAAUCCUCCUCCUCAACCUCCACCACCAAAAGCACCAAAAACGCCUCAACAGUACUAACCCGCAUCCUCUCCUCCUCAUCCACCCAACAACACCCACCACAUCAAAAACACACCACCUCCUCCUCCUCCUCCUCCAAAAUCCCCGAAGUCAUCAUCUCACCACCUCUAUCGCCAGGCCACACACAAUCACCAAGUCCUCCUGCUCGGGAAAAGGUCGUGAAGUGGGAAGAAGAAGGAGAUGGAGAUGAAGAAGAGGACCACGGCGCCGUGAGUAACGAUUACAUGGAGUUUCUUGAGAAGGCACGAAAAGAUGCGGAGAAGGAGGAGAGGGAGAGGGAGAAGAAGGCGAAGAAGGCGAGGGAGGUGAAUAUGAGUCCGUGGGCUUCGAGGAUGAAUUGCUGA